AUGAUGCAGCAAUUCCAUACCACCAUUGUCGCAAGUCUGAUUCCGUCAUCAGAACCGCAACUGCCGUUGCUGACAGCGUUUGCCAACUUUGUGUUCAUGACCGGUGUCAUAAUGCCACGCACCAUCAUGUUCAAUUUUUUAGGAUCGGUGCCUGAUACACGACGUCGUGUCAAAACUAGAUCCUUCUUUGUGCUACCUACCACCAUCCCAGCCGACAUCAAUGAGGAGAUUGUUGCACAUUCCUUUUUUGGGUUCAUGACUUUAGACCCACGCACCCCCGAAAGUUAUUUUAUUAUGAAUAAUGGCGUGGAUCAAAAUCCUUUAAAACAUUUGAUACCUGUCAAACCCGCCAAAAUAGCCUAUCGCCGCCACCUCUCGCGUGUCGGAACCAAUACUGCGUGCAAGACAGCCGUUCAAAACCAGCACGAACUUGAUGCACAACUCAAAGGCAUGUAUUCAUACGAGCGCAUGUUUUCCUAUCAAUUUACAAUGGUGUAUUAUAAAAAUAAACAUCCGGCCAAUACCAUUUCCAACUACGCCAUAUUAUAA